AGGGGGUGGAGCCAGUGACGACUCGUUUCGACGGACAUUGAUUGUUUGCUUUUCAGCUGUGUUCUGGAAGCAACUGCUAUAUAUAUUUAUAUGCCAGAAAAAUGGUUCCAAAACAUUUAGGUGAAUGUGGAGUUGAGGUUGUAUUGCUUUUACUUGGCACAAGAGUAGCGCUGUGUGUCUCCAGGGAUGUGACAGCAGUAUGUGAGUCCGAGUUGCUCCACUUGGCUCCCGGGGCCACCAGCUCCGCGGCCCCCUGCAGGACAGCUACAAUAGUCGCCCCAGGGUAGAUGCCAUAGCUGGGAUUCCCACCCGUAACCGGGACGCCUUCGCCCAGGGCACAGACACACCGGCAGCAGCUCCACAAUCGAUUCAUCAAUCUUUGAAGGGAGACAUAACUGCAAAAGGCCACAGCAGUCACCCUCCCGCAGUUCGCCUUAAUUGGGAGGGGCCACAUCGGAGACUGCAUGGCUGACACCAAACUCAACGAGGACGCUCGACAACAACCAAGGAGGAGGAGGAGAGUUGAUUUCUAUUGUCUUGAAAAACAAACGGACAAUGAUUCGCUUCUCUGGCUCUCUCACUUUUUUUUUUCAUUUUCUGCAUCUCAUUAAGUCGUGCUGUUUUGCAGACAUUUUGGCUGCGAUCAUUUUUUUCAGGUCAGAGCAGCGCAGGGGCUGGAGCAAGUGAAGGGCUUUCAACUUCAACAUGAAGCUUUGUCGCCUCCUGCUGGACAACAGAGGCAUGGACCAUAACCUCAGAUAGGUUUUUAUUUUGUAAUUUUAAAGCGGCGCUUUCAUAAGCAUUUUUUUUAAAUAUAACAAACUAAAAACAUAAAAAGAGGUAUCAAUUGUUAAAGUUAGAGCACAAAAGCUGACAAACUGGACAAAACAACAUUUUACAUCUCUCUUCGAGCACAUGAUUUUGUAGCCAAUUAGUAUUUUCAUUUUUAUACAUUAAUUUGGGGAUUCAACUGUUUCCCAUUCAUUAUGUUUUUUCUAAUAUGCUUUCAUAUUGUGUUUGAGUAUGCUCCAAAGACAAGGUAGAACAACAUUGAAGGAUGACGCCAAUCACGAGCCAAGUUUAUCCUCCAUUAAUUGACUGCCAAUGUGAUUGCAGAUUAUGUCAAUGAAUAUUUGCAGUGCGUCUUUUGAGGGUGAAUAAUCAUAUUUCUCGUCCUCUUCAUUGCUCAACACUCAUCAAAUUUGUUUAAGAAAUUCAAAUAAAACCGAAUAUUUUCCAAGACAACAGAAAUCCAGUAGAGACUCAUUAAAAGCCCUAAACUCAAAGUAUAUAUACAUAAAAAAAUAUAAAAAAUAAAAUAAUAAUAUAAAAAUAUUUUUUAUAUGCAUAUUUACUUUGGUCUCAUUUCCAUCUCAAUACUCUCUCGUUUCGGUAAUGUCUUAAUCUUAACUACAACAUUGCUAAAAAAAAUUUUUUAAAUCACUUAAAGAUGGGCAGGCUCGAUAACAACAACACUAUUUUUGUGAUGCCUCCAAAUUAGAAGCCAUGAAUUUUUUUCCCCACUUUCCAGGAACUUUAAAUGUAUCAUCCAUGAGUCACAUUUUAUCAGUAAAAGUCGCUCAUGCUUGCCAGGCAGUGAGUUGUUUCGCUGUCUGAGGAAUCUUGCCGACUUUGAGGCCUUUUGCACAAAUUAAGCUUGUUAUGGGGCUGAGUAGUGACUCGGCCAUUUGACAAUGCUCACAUUGUGGCCGGCUGCUCCAUGUGCAUCAAAGAGGUGAUUAAGAAGCAGGCUGCACGAGGGGGGGGGGGGACAAUACUGCUUUUUACACAACCAACAGAGUCGCCUCUGACGUUACUCGGACCGCCAUGAGACGCAUCUGUGCUUCCUUUUGAGGGACGCGUAACGUUCAGAGCGCUUAACAUGUAGCAAUCCAUUUAUUGUAUAGCAGAUCGGAAAAAGCAGUCCGAAAAAAGCCACCGACUCACGAAAUACAAAGAGUACAACCAAAGUUAUUAUUAAGGCGAAUUAUUUGAGGUUGAAUCAUUCUACACAUCCUACGUAUUCAGUGACGACAACAAAAACAAAACGACGGACCGAGCUGGGAUAGGUGGAAGAAGCCCGCCCGGCCGCUUGUCCCCGGCCAAUCACAGAAGCCGCUCAGGGAGGGAAGUUCUUGCUCAAAACAAAAUGCCACUUGUUGCCUCUUUUCAUCAACUCAUCAGGCGCCUUCAUCUGCUCUUUUUACACAAAAAGGACGACGAGACGGAGCUAAGGAAGGCCGGAUGAAGUCAAGACUGGUGUGAUAUGGUCAUACUUGAGAAAAUAUGAAGCAGUGGCUCGUCAUUUGCGUGUCCGUGGCAUUGCUGUGGAGUCGGCAAGCGACUUUGACUCCAACGCAUGAUGCGGUGUGUCUUGGCACCCAGAAUGGACUGAGCUCCACAGGCUCUCAGGAGAAUCAAUACAACCUGAUCAAGGAGCGCUAUGACGGCUGUGAAAUCAUCAUGGGAAACCUGGAAGUCACGCAGAUUGAGAGCAAUUGGGAUUUCUCGUUCCUUAAGACAAUCCGCGAGGUGACCGGCUACGUGCUCAUCGCCAUGAAUCACUUUGGGGAAAUUCCCCUGGAGCAAUUGCGGGUCAUCAGAGGAAGCAGCCUUUACGAACGACGCUUUGCUCUCUCCGUUUACCUCAACUAUCCCAAGGACGGAUCGCACGGCCUGCGGCGGCUCGGCCUCACCAAUCUGACAGAAAUCUUGGAGGGAGGAGUACAGAUCAUUAAUAAUAAAUACUUGAGUUAUAGUCCAUGGGUCUUCUGGCAAGAUAUCAUCAGGGACUCCAACGCUCCUAUUGACAUCUACUACAAUGGCGACAGAGGGCCUUGCCACAAAUCCUGUGGCCAUUAUUGCUGGGGGCCAAGUGAGAAGCACUGUCAGAUCUUGACAAAGACGCUGUGCGCUCCGCAGUGUAACGGUCGUUGUUUUGGGACCAGCCCCAGGGAUUGCUGUCAUAUCGAGUGUGCGGCGGGAUGCACGGGCCCUCUGGAUGUCCACUGUUUUGCAUGUCGUCGUUUCAACGACUCGGGAGCCUGCGUGCCUCAAUGUCCGCAAGCUCUCAUCUACAACAAGCAGACGUUCCAGAUGGAGAGCAACCCCAACGCCAAAUAUCAAUACGGAUCCAUUUGUGUCUCUCAGUGCCCCGCUCAUUUCGUGGUGGACGGCAGCUCCUGCGUGAGCGUCUGUCCUCCUGGCAAGAUGGAGGUGGAGCGAGAAGGCCACAGACGUUGCGAGCCCUGCGUUGGACUCUGCCCCAAAGUGUGUGAAGGCACGGGGGCGGAACAUAGGCAGACUGUGGACUCCAGCAAUAUUGACAGCUUCAUCAACUGUACCAAAAUCCAAGGAAGUCUUCAUUUCUUGGUCACGGGCAUUCUUGGAGAUGACUUCAAGAAGAUCCCACCUCUGGAUGCUAAGAAGCUAGAAGUGUUCCGUACCGUUCGAGAGAUAACCGACAUCCUCAACAUCCAGUCGUGGCCAAAAGAGCUCAGCGAUUUAUCCGUCUUUUCCAGUCUCACCACCAUCCAAGGAAGAUCACUUCACAGGCGCUUUUCCCUGAUGGUGAUGUGCAUUCCCACGCUCACCUCGCUGGGUCUACGUUCCCUCCGCGAGAUCAGCGACGGAAGCGUGUACAUCAGCCAGAACCCCGAGCUCUGCUACCACCACACCGUCAACUGGGCUAAGCUGUUCCGAGGGGGGCGGCUCCGAGUCAACAGCAUCAACAGCAACAAGCCGCUGGACCAAUGCGUCGCUGAAGGUCACGUGUGCGACCUGAUGUGUUCGAGCUCGGGUUGCUGGGGCCCGGGACCGCACCAGUGUCUCUCCUGUCGCAACUACAGCCGAAAUGGCACUUGUGUGGACAGCUGCCAUUUUUAUACUGGGUCCCUGAGAGAAUUUGCGAGGGCUGAUGGAGAAUGCGUCGCCUGUCACUCCGAGUGCAAACGUCUGCACGGGGAGGUCAGCUGCACGGGGCCGGGCGCCUACGAGUGCGUGGCGUGCGCCAACCUUCGAGACGGUCCCUACUGCAUGUCGUCUUGCCCUGCCGGGGUCAACGAUGGCCAGAGGGGCCUGAUCUUCAAGUAUGCCAACGCGGAAGGUCACUGUGAACCGUGUCACCACAAUUGCACCCAAGGAUGCUCAGGUCCAGGACUUGGUGAUUGUUUGGAGACUGUGAGACUGGCUGCUAGCGGUGGCCAGAUCACAGGCAUCGCCUUAGGUGUGCCAGCUGGCCUCAUAUUCUGCCUGGUGUUGUUUUUCUUGGGCCUGCUCUACCACCGAGGUCUGGCCAUCCGCCGCAAGAGAGCCAUGCGGAGAUACCUUGAGAGCGGAGAGAGUUUUGAGCCACUGGGUCCCGGGGAGAAAGGAACCAAGGUUCACGCGCACACCCUGAAGCCCUCAGAGCUAAAAAAGCUCAAAGUUCUGGGAUCCGGUGUCUUUGGCACAGUGCACAGGGGCUUUUGGACUCCGGAUGGAGAGACGGUGAAGAUCCCGGUGGCCAUCAAGACUCUCCAGGACAGCUCAGGCCGUCAGACCUUCACCGAGAUCACGCAGCGCAUGCUUGCCAUGGGCAGCCUGGACCAUCCCUACAUCGUCAGACUUUUGGGCAUCUGUCCCGGCUCCAGUCUGCAGCUGGUCACCCAGCUCAGUUCCUUGGGCUCCUUGCUGGAGCACGUCAGGCAGCACAAAAACAGCCUGGGCCCCCAGCGUCUCCUCAACUGGUGCGUGCAAAUAGCAAAAGGGAUGUACUACUUGGAGGAACACUGCGUGGUACACAGGAACCUGGCGGCACGCAACAUCCUACUGAAGAAUAACUACCAGGUCCAGAUCUCGGACUACGCCGUCGCAGAUCUUCUUUAUCCCGACGACAAGAAAUACAUCUACACCAACACCAAGACUCCCAUUAAAUGGAUGGCUCUCGAAAGCAUCUUGUUCAGAAGAUACACUCACCAAAGUGACGUGUGGAGUUACGGAGUGACAGUAUGGGAGAUGAUGUCUUUUGGGGCGGAACCUUACGGCUCGGCACCGGCCCAGGAGGUUCCGUGUUUGCUGGAGAAGGGCGAACGUCUGUCACAGCCGCCCAUCUGCACCAUCGACGUCUACAUGGUCAUGGUCAAAUGUUGGAUGAUUGAUGAAAACAUAAGGCCCACCUUCAAAGAGCUGGCGAGCGACUUUACACGCAUGGCGAGAGAUCCGCCCAGAUACCUGGUCAUCAAGCUGGAAGGAGAGGAGGACGAUAGCACCUCGCGGGACAUCCAGCGCAGAGAUUCUGAGCGAGGGCUGCUCGACCCCGAUUUGGUGGAUGUAGAUGAGGAGGCUCUGCAGGAAGGUUUCCAAACACCUCCUCUGCAACAUUCGCCCUCGUGGAGUCUCUCUCGUUCAAGGAUGAAUUCGUAUCGGGGCGCUGCCGUACCUGUUGGUUACCUGCCCAUGACUCCAAAUCCUGUAGAAAGCCUUGUUCAGCUGCGCUUCCAAAGGUCCCGCCGGAGCUCGGUGCGAACUCUGCCGGAAAGGUCAGAGGUUAGAGGGAAUGGCAGGGAGGCAGACGAAGGCUUCAGGACCGGCGCUCCUCACAGGUCUCGGCUUGGCUCAGACAGGGCCGCCGCCCCUCGAGCGGACAGGCACAGAAAGCUCUCCACGGCAUCGAGUCCGUCUUCACACAAGAUGUGGACAUCCGGCGGUGAGGAGGAGGAGGCAGACCACUCUGGUUACGUCCCUCCUGGAACACCUAGCGCUCCAGAAAGAGCUGGUAAAGUCACGCCCGGAUUAAGCAAAGUGAAAAGUUUGGCCCUGGAGUACGAGGUGAUGAGCCACAAAUCUGAAGGUCACCUUUGCUCGGCAAAGGGCAACUCUUCCCCAUCACCACCUUCUCCAACCAUUGUCGCUUUCUUACCUGCCCACGAGGACACCUUGACACCAGUUCCAGCCACCGACGAUCAGCAGGUAAACGAGAACCUCGAGGACAAUUUGGCCACAGAGAAGCAUCAGUGUAGUAUGGAGAAGCAGAUCCAAGCCAAGGAGGACCGCGUGCGCUCUCCUCAGGGGAAAGGCAGGUAUGAAUACAUGGACAUUAGACGCCGGGACUCCACAGAGGACGAGGCGCCGGCGCAGCAGAGACGCGAGACAUCCGCAGCGGAGUCGGAUGGAACACGCGAGGAAGACGAGGCUCAGUUAGCGGAGGGCCAUCACGCAGAUAAACAACAAGCACUUCGAGGGAGUACGCCAGAUGAGGAAGGGAAGGAGUAUGAGGAUAUGGCCACGUUUGAAGGAAUCGCCAGCGGGCAGGAGCAGGCGACCUACCAGAACCUCCCAGUGAAGGGGGAGUCAGGCGGCGGCAGGUGCACGGGGAUCGGGGGAUAUAUCAAGGUGUGCGCGGGAACGGGAGAGCCUGGUGGCAGCUCGUCCUUUGACAAUCCAGACUACUGGCACAGCAGACUGUUCCUCAAGCCGGAUGCUGUUCGGACCUAGUCCACGCUGGUGGUGUGCUUUGAUUUCCAUUGGAGCAUCAACAAGUUGAGAUGCAUUUUGCUGGAGAGCAAGUGCAGAAUAAGCAGAGAUGAAACGGAUUUCUGUAUUGUGCCAUUUUUGUACCUUCAGGAUUAAAUGGAUGGAGAGUUGCCAUCAUUUUGUAAGCUCGCUGUACACUGAUGACAUUAUGUCAAAGACAAAGGUAUUUUAUACACUGUUUUACCACGUGUUUGUUUAAUAAAAUAUACAUUUUGG